AUGAGAAUCUCAUUUGUUCCAAGGUUUAAUCAAUUUAAAAUUAAAAUUUCUAGGAACAGUAAUUUAAAAGAGAUCGAAACAUUGGUCGAUAACUAUGAAAAGGCUCUAAUAAAUCCCGAAUUAUUUCCUGCCCACAUCCAGAAACUACAUUAUAUAGCCACAGAAAUUAGAAGAGAACGCGAAGCUAUAGGAAUAAGCCAAUCCGACUUGGGUGUGAAUAAGCUAUCAGUCAAAACCGCUGAACGCAUUAUUUAUGCUAUUUACGACAAAUUUACUCCGGAGUUAUAUUUUGUGGCUUCAAGAGAACCAGCAGCUAUAGACUUUUAUAAUCUAUAUCUGUCAUCUUUAAGCGAUAGGAAUAAUGUCAUUUUAAAAUGGAUAUCAGAACAUGAUAUUAACACCCUAGGAAUAUAUAUACUGGAGAGUAUUUCCACCACUAAAAUUCAUUUUAGUGAACUUGCUAAAGCUCGCUUAUUAUUUUGGAAAUCAUAUCCAUUUUACAAACACAAUGAUUGUGUACAAUAUUAA